AUGGCUACCAACAGCGCACGAGAAACCCCAACCGCCGCGGCCGACCCGCAGCAGAAUGGCACGUCGGCUCCGGUGGCUGACGGCACUAAUGCCGCCAUUCAGCCCAGCUCCUCUGGCCCGGACUCAGGCACGGGACACGCCCCAGCCAAGGUGAAGACCGAGAAGCAACUUGAACGGGAGCGCAAAAAGGCAGAAAAGCUGGCUGCCUACGAGCAGAAGAAGGCUUCCCGGACUGAGGCCCCCGCAACCGCUACGAAAAAGACGAAGGAAAAGGCGAAGGAUAGAAGGGCCGAAGUUGAAGUCUUACCUCCGUAUGUUGAGGACACCCCAGAGGGAGAGAAGAAGCGCCUUAGGCCAUUUGACGACCCUCACUAUGCCUCGUACCACCCUAUUGCUGUUGAGUCGGCUUGGUAUGCUUGGUGGGAGAAGGAGGGAUACUUCAAGCCGCAAUUCACGCCAGAGGGCAAGGUCAAGCCCGAGGGCAAGUUUGUCAUUGUUGUACCUCCUCCAAAUGUUACAGGAGCCCUGCACAUGGGCCACGCCUUGGGCAACUCGCUGCAAGACUUAAUGAUCCGCUAUAACCGGCAAAAGGGAAAGACUACGUUGUUUCUACCCGGUUGCGACCAUGCUGGCAUUGCGACACAGAGUGUUGUAGAGAAGGCACUUUGGAAGACGAAACAGCAGACUAGGCAUGAUCUCGGCAGAACACAAUUCGUUGAGCUCGUCCAGGAUUGGAAGGAGGAAUACCAUCAAAGGAUCAACAAUGCUUUCAGAAAAAUGGGAAGCAGUCUUGAUUGGAGCAGAGAGGCGUUUACAAUGGACGAGCACUUUUCAGCAGCUGUCAGAGAUGUUUUCAUCAAAUUCCACGAAGAGGGCAUCAUCUAUCGAGCUAAUCGUCUUGUUAACUGGGAUUCCACAUUAACGACCGCCCUCAGCAAUGUCGAGGUAGACAGCAAGGAAUUGUCAGGACGGACGCUUCUUGACGUACCAGGGUACGACAAAAAGGUCGAGUUUGGAAUCAUUGUUCAUUUCAGAUAUCCAAUCGAGAAUUCGGAGGAGACUAUUGAAGUUGCGACAACGCGUCCCGAGACCAUGCUAGGCGACAGCGGCAUUGCUGUACAUCCCGAUGAUCCUCGGUACACUCACCUUGUGGGCAAAUUCGCCGUUCAUCCCUUCAUCGAGGGCCGCAGGCUUCCAAUCGUGGCCGAUACAUAUGUCGACCGCGAUUUCGGUACAGGAGCCGUUAAAUUGACCCCAGCGCACGACCUCAACGACUUUAAGCUAGGAAUGACCCAUAAUCUCGAAUUUAUUAACAUCUUAACGGAUAACGGAUUGAUUAACGAGAAUGGUGGCCCAUACCAAGGCCAGAAACGAUUCGACGUCAGGUACUCCAUCCAGGAAGAUCUGAAGAAGCUUGGUCUCUACGUGGAUAAGAAGGAUAACCCCAUGACUGUACCACUUUCAGAGAGGACCAAGGAUGUUGUCGAGCCCAUGCUGAAGCCACAGUGGUGGGUGAAGAUGGCAGAUCUCGCAGAACCAGCUAUUAAAGCAGUCCAAACCGGCCAGAUCAAGAUCAAGCCCGAGUCUGCUGAAAAGAACUACCUUCACUGGAUGGCCAACAUCAACGACUGGUGCAUCUCAAGACAGCUGUGGUGGGGGCAUCAGUGCCCCGUAUAUCGUGUUCGUUUUGAAGGAGAGGAUGACCAGGAUGCCGACGACAGGUGGUUCGCGGGACGAACCUAUGAAGAAGCCUUCGUCAAGGCCCAGAAGGCUUGGCCUGACAAGAAGUUUGAGCUGGUUCGGGACGAGGAUGUCCUUGAUACAUGGUUCAGCUCUGGUCUGUGGCCUUUUGCGACUCUCGGCUGGCCUAACAACACUCCCGACAUGUCUCGUCUGUUCCCUACCAGUGUUCUAGAGACCGGAUGGGAUAUCAUUCCCUUCUGGGUCGCUCGUAUGAUCUUCCUUGGUAUAAAGCUCACUGGAACGGUGCCAUUCUCUGAGGUGUUUUGCCAUUCCUUGAUUCGUGACUCCGAAGGACGAAAAAUGAGCAAAUCACUCGGUAAUGUUAUUGAUCCCUUGGAUGUCAUUCGCGGCAUCGAGCUCCAAUCUCUGCAUGACAAGCUCCUCAGCGGCAACCUUGCUGCCUCCGAAGUCAAAAAGGCUACUGCGUACCAGAAAACUGCAUUCCCGCAAGGCAUUCCGGAAUGCGGAGCAGACGCUCUUCGCUUCGCUCUCAUCGCCUAUAGCACGGGUGGUGGCGACAUUAAUCUUGAUGUUAAAGUCAUCCACCUUUACAGGCGCUUCUGCAACAAGAUCUGGAACGCCUGCAAGUAUGUCCUCGGCAAGCUGGAGGCUGUCAAGGACUUUGUUCCUGCUAAAAAGCUGGCCCUUAGUGGAAAUGAGUCACUAGCAGAGCUCUGGAUUCUUGGGAAGAUGAACUACGCUACCAAGGCAAUUAAUGAGGCUCUCGAGCAGAGAGAUUUCAUGAAGAGUGCAAACCUUGUAUACUCCUACUGGUACUUCCAGCUAUGCGAUGUCUUCAUCGAGAACUCCAAGGCUUUGAUCCAGGAUGGGUCAGAAGCUCAGAUAAAUUCUGCGCUCCAGACGCUCUACUCCGUUCUUGAAGUGGCCCUCGUCCUCUCUCACCCAUUCCUUCCCUUCAUUACCGAAGAACUGUGGCAGAGAUUGCCCAGAAGGCCGGAUGAUGAAACACAGAGUAUUAUGUUGGCGAAGUAUCCCGAAUGGGACCAGCAAUUCGAGAACCCAGAGGCUGAGGCUGCCUACGACAUCGUUUUGGGCUGUUCGAAGGGUGUUCGGUCCCUGGUAUCCGAGUACACAUCCAAAGACGAAGCGAAGAUUUUCAUCCAGGCCUACGACGCAGCCUCGCACAGGACCGUGUCCGAUGAGAAGCCAUCCAUCCGAUCUCUCAGUGGCAAGAGUGCCAUGGAAAUCGAGAUCCUCUCUCCGAAUCAUGCUCGUCCUACUGGCUGCGUUGCCUUCCCCGUGUCCAGCGCCGUUUCCGUCUUCAUCUACGUCAAGGACCGCGUCGAUUUUGACGAGGAGAUUGCCAAAGCGACAAAGAAACUUGAAAAGUCCCGUGCCGCCGUCCAGAAGCAGCAUAAGCUCCUUCAAGAUCCGGUGUACAUUGAGAAGGUGGCCGUCGCAACGCAGAAUGCCGACAAAAAGAAGUUGGCUGAUUUAGAGAGCGAGGCGAAUGGCUUUGAAACAACCAUCGAGCAGUUUAGGCAGCUAAAACUCGAGUAA